AUUCGACACAGCUGUCCUUCUGUACAUUUGGUACAACGCACCCAAACUUACACUCGCAUCUUGAUUGCACAAUAUUCAUCUACGAAGGUCUCUAUUUUGCCUGGACCAUGACGGAAGAUCCUGUAUCAGCUGAAGACGCCGCUGCUGCGCGUGCUGCAUCGCAAGCUUCUCUACGCAAGAAGCGCCGCGAGGCUAAGAUCAAGCUUGGCGGAGCCGACCGGCUGAACAAGAUUACGGGGCUCGGAGGAGGCAUACAACGAGACCCUAUACCCCAGUUCUCGCCGGAAACUAGCACGGCGCCGGAGCAGACAACUGCGGCUUCACCUUCACCGGCUGCUGACGCGACGUCCGCCCCGGCUCCAGAGCAACAGCAACAUGGCGACCCGGAGGAAGUCGACAUCUCGGAGCACUUCUACAAGCCGCCUACAACCAACCGCCAGCAGACUCCCAGCGACGUGCCCGACGACAUUUCCGACGCUCAGCUGCGCCAGCUCCUGCUCGGCCGCAUGGGUGGUGGUGGUAUGGGAGGCACGCCGCCGCCCGGCGCAAACCCGUUCAUGAACAGCCACAGCCCCAGCCCCAUGCCCGGCAUGGAAGGCAUGGAAGAGGACCCGAUGAUGAAGAUGCUCCAGCAGAUGAUGUCCGGAGGCGGUAUGCCCGGCGGCGGCCCCGGCAGCGCGAACCCGUUCGCCGGGACGCCGAUGGAGGGACUUAUGGGCGGCUUGGGAGGUCUGGGCGGAGGUAACGGCAUGCCGAAUCCUAUGCAGCAGGCGCAGCAAGCCGCGACGAAUAAGACGGCGAAUUUAUGGCGCAUCUUGCACGCCGUGUUUGCGCUGGGUCUGGGCUUGUAUGUGGCGCUGAGCACGACGUUCACGGGCUCGCUUAUCGAGCGCCAGAAUUCGACUAUUAGCAGCAGCAGCGGCAGCAGCGAUGGCGAUGGCCAGGUGUAUACUGAUGAUAUCGAGCGGACGCGCGCUUACUUCUUCUACGUGUUCACAUCCGUCGAGGCCAUACUACUUACGUCACGGUAUUUCUUGGAUAAGGGACGCGAGCCCCCCAAGGGUUGGAUGUGGACUGUUAGCGGAUUCUUGCCAGGAGGGGUUAAGGCAUACGUCCAGCAUGCGCUGAGGUACGGACAGAUCCUGGGCACCGUGAGGAGCGAUGCGCUGGUUUGUGUUUUCGUGCUGGGGGUUUGUAGUUGGUUACGAUCAUGAGAUUGGUAAUGAAGGGAUAUGUGGUUUUAUGGAUGAUGGUAGAUGUGUAGUAAUAUUAUGACUUCCUACGAAGGGCCUGGUGAUUCGGCGAUGCUGUCUAGAGUGGUAAAUUCUAUAUUAAGGGAUCAAACGAGGCCCCCAAAUCUUCAACCACCACGACACUCAGUAACUUGACUAAUUAGGGAAUAUAUGCAAAUAUAAGCAUCUCUCCAUUAU